UUCUCAAGGAGUUACCUCUCAUUUCGAUAUAACAGCAAAAAAUAGUGAGCUUAAUAUCGUCAUAACAUAUUAGAGCGUCGACUUAACUUUCCACUGGCAUUUUACCUUUACCUUUGGAUAGAAUAACAUUCAAUCUUGUUUAUUCUCACUAUUUCUCCACUGUGCCUCUUUCUCCAUGUUAUUAUUACCAUAGAUGAACAUAGAACAUUAUAAAUUGUAAUAACUUUUUUUCCUCGAAAAGUUUUUUCCCUUAAGUUUUGAAAAUUGUUUUCACCUUCGACUUUACCUGCAAUCGUUUCUCAUCUGUAAACUAAAAUGGCCACAACAGCAAUCGGAUAUCAAACAUCAAUGAUAACUGUUAUUGUGACAGAAGAUAAAAAACCAUCAACAAUUUCGGGAGUUAAACGCAAGCGAAUCGGAAGCUCAAUUAAAUCUUCAUCAACUCCACCCAAAUCUCGAUCACUUGUUUCAUCUUAUUCAUGUUCAUCAUCGUCAACAUCAUCUGCAAGCUCGAUAGCAUCUUCGUCUUCCUCGUCCUCAUCUUCAUCUUCGUCGUCGACAUCAUCGACCAUCGCUCCAUUUGCUGUCGCUCGUCGUAAUGAACGUGAACGUAAUCGAGUUAAAAUGGUAAACCUUGGAUUCAAUACUCUUCGUGAUCAUAUUCCUAAAGAGAAACAAAAUAAGAACAAGAAAAUGUCCAAAGUGGAAACACUUCGAGAAGCAGCUAAUUACAUUCGUCGACUUCAGUUACUCUUGAAAGGAGACACAAGUUCAUUGGAAGCAUUUAGUUCAGUACUUUCAUCGAUAUCACCACUUUCGAUUCAAUCCAAUUCAUCGAUCUCUUCAAGUGAUGUUGUCAUGAAAAAAGAGCCUGAUGAAAAUAUGAAUCCAAUCAGCACGUUAUUAUGUUCACCCAAUAGUAAUUCAUCAUUAUCAUCUUCCUCUUCCUCUUCAUCAUCUUCUUCUCCCCCUGAUCAAUCAUUAUCACCUCAUUAUCCUGUUGAUUCGUCACCUUUACGCCAUUCUCAUCAUCAUUCGCAUCAUCAAGAUUCUCAGCAUCAGAAUCGUCAACAGCAACAAAAUCAUCACCAACAGAAUCAGAAUUAUCAAAAUUAUAUCGGAUCAAUUUCAACUUCUUCUCCUCCUUCAUCUUCAUCACCAUCUCUCACUUUAGCAUCUUCACCAAUAGUUCAAACAUCAAUCGCAUCCUCAUCAUCAUCAUCAUCUUGUAAAACAACAACAACAAUUUCAGUAACACCAGUUAACAGUAAUUAUCACCAAAACCAACACCAACAUCAACUGCAUCAGAAUCAUCAGAACCAUCACAAUCACCAACAGCAACAUCUUCAUCACCAACAACAAGAACUGAAUCAUAAUCAAUCACAACCUUUGCUCCAAAUCUCAACACAAUCUCAAUUACCUGAUCAUCAACACCAUCAACAUCAACAUCAACAUCAA